AUGGAGAGGACGGAGGAGGAGAAGAGCUGGACCGCGGGCUGGGCGAGAGCUGAACGGUCCAGUCCAGGUCUAGGGCAGGUCGGUUCAUUCAGUUGGGCAGUUCAGGAACCCUUUGCUGAGCCUCUGAGCCUCUCAGUACCGCUGGAACGGAGGAGCCUGGAGAAUGGGAGAGGGCAGAUGACCGUCGACGUUUGCCUCAACGGGGGCCACAAAGUACUACCCAAAGAGCUCGCCGCCGACGACGACCACAUAGCAUUCAAAGCACCCACCGUCGACAUCAUCGUCCGCCACCAACCGCUAGCGAUCCAUUGCUCGACGAGACACCACUCCAUCCCGCCCCAGGUGCCGAAUCCACCCUACAAAAGACCAAGUCACCGCGCCUUGUAUCCAGGCGCCGCCGCCAUAUCAACCGUCACCAUAGAUUCAGAACAGUCUGCCGCAACCUGCUCCAUCCGAGCAGACUCCUUCGGCAACAUGCCUUAUCCUCUCGCUACUCACGUCCUUACUGUGGACCCCAACGUUAUCCACAAGGUCGACACCUCAAAUCCCCAGAACCUCUACAGCAUGUGGACCGUCUUCGCAAAGUGCGCAGAGUCUGUUGAGCAGGGCCGCAGGUUAGAGAACCUCAGCUGGCGCAUGUGGAACCACGAGACCUUCUGCUGCGCCGAGGACGAGCAAGAAGCCUCCAUCACCGCCACCAGCCAACCCAGAGAAAUUCCCCAGACCAGCAGGUUACAAGACGUCCCUCAGCUGUCUGGCAGCGUCGACUCCGAAAACGAAGACGAAGCCGUCGAGUUCACCUCUACCUCCGCUCCCCUCGAGAUCCGCCCCCGCAUCCAAAGACAAGACUCUUGCGCGAGCAACCGCAGCAGAGGCAAGGAGCGCCACAUCACCGCCGGCGACUUUGAAAAGAUGGUCGUCUCCAUCAUCAAGGAGAACGAGCCUCUCUCUGCCCCCCUUCCCCAGAUCGCAUCACCAUACAUGCCCCCUCAGAAGGAGACCCCCGACCUGGCUCCUGCCUCGCCUUCCUAUGAGCACUCUGGAUCUACCACCACCGAGUCUCCUUGCAAGUCUUCAGAAGAGGAGCAAUCCCAAGAGCCUCCCUCUCCCGAGAUCAACUCCCGCACUACCGUCGUCCGCGGCUUCUCUCCCUCCCAAGUACCAAUUGCCCGCCCUGUGCCGGCAUCUCCCAAGGUCAUCUCCCCUGCUGCUAUCCCCGAGCCGAGCUCUUCGCCUGCCGCCAAGCGCGUGCAGUCAAAGAAGCAGCCCAUGUUCGCUCUUGGCGGUUCUUGCUCCUCUAGUGAGCAGGGCCAGAGCGUUGAGCAACUGCGCCCUAUCCCGGCACCUGCCCCCAAGCGCAAGAUGUUCCAGGUUGGCGGCUCCUCUGAGGAGGACAGCUCCCUGAAGAGCGCCCUUGCUUCGGGCCCCAGCUCGCUGCUCACCGGCCAGAAGAAGACCACUUCCUUUGCCGACCACGUCCUCACCCGCACCAUCAACGACAACUCUGCCAUUGCCGACGACUCGGACACCGAUUACGUCGACGAGAGCGCCAUUGACGACGAGGAUGACUCUUCCGACUGGGAAGACUCGAUCGAGGACAGCAACAAGUCUAGCAUUGACGAGAAGACCUUCUUCCAGCGCGUCGACUCCAAGGUUAACCUGACCUCGCGUCGCUCGCUCAUCACCCUCAUGAUCGAUCAGCAGAACGACCGCGGCCGCGUUGGCAACAUUGCCUCGCAGUCUACCUCGGCACUCCCUUGGACUCGCACUAGCCACCCGGCCCCGCCUACCCUGGCUGUCUCCCCCAACGACUCGGACGAUGCUCCUCUGAUGAUGAAGCGUGGCAACCGAUCCUCGCCUCUGAAGCCCAUCACCGAGGUGCCUCGGUCCGCUGCUCAGCCGAUCACCGCGACUGCCAGCCACAGCCAUCUGCAAGCCGCCCUUUCUCCCCGAACCACGCGACGCAACAUGCUCGCGACUGAGCUCACCGAGUCUCUCCGACGCAACCUCCUCUGGGAGCGUCAGCAGAAGUCAUCCACUGCCAAUGCUGUCCUCAAGCGCCGUCACACCUCCCACGACGUCGCGAACCUGAAGCAGUACCCCGAGAAGGCCUACAUCAACAAGAACGAGGAUGUGCCUGUGGCCCCUCAGUACUUCUCCAAGGACACGGACAACUUUGGCGGUUACCACUCCAAGGGCUGGUAA